AUGGGUUUUGAACUGGACCGCUUCGAAAGCCCCGUAGACCCGGACUUUCUCUGCAAACUGUGCGGCAAAGUUUUGGAGGAGCCGCUCACCACUCCGUGCGGACACGUGUUCUGCGCCGGCUGCGUGACUCCGUGGGUCUCUGAGCGGAGCAGCUGUCCUCUGAGGUGCCGCCGGAUCUCCGCCGACGAGCUGAACCGCGUCCUCGCGCUGAAAAACCUCGUCCUCAAACUGGCCGUCAAGCGCCGCGACCGCGACGGAGCGCCGAAGCCUCGGCACCUCUCUGACGAGCGCGCGCCCGCGGAGGAGCGUGAACGCGAGCGCGGGGUAACGGGUCACGGCAGAGAGAAGCCGGAGAAGCGCUCCUGCGUCGAGGCCGUGAGGACGCACGGCGGCGCGCCGCGAGGAGAGAGAGAGAGAGAGGCGAGGCGGCGAGCCGAGAGCGCGAGCGCCCGCCAGAAGCGGCUGCAGCUCGCGCAUCUCCACCGCGAGCUUCACACGACGGCGCGAGGAAAGUUUGAGGAGCUCAGGGCGAGGAGCUCUUUGAACAAGGUGAGAAAGGCUGUUAAUGAGGGAGAAGAGACAAGGAGGCUGACUGUCACUCUCUACAGAGCCUCUGGGUCACUUGGCUUCAACAUCAUCGGUGGAAGAUCAUGUGAGGGAUCUGAAGUCAGCAGAGAUUUGAGUGAUGGGAUUUAUGUGUCCAAGAUAGUGGAAAAUGGACCAGCAGACAGAGGAGGCCUGCAGAUACAUGAUAUGAUCAUGAAGGCAAAUGGAAGGGAACUCUCUUUGGCCACACAUGAUGAAGCAGUGGAGGCUUUCCUGAUGGCCAGAGACCCUGUUGAGAUUGAAAUUCUGCGCAGGGUUGCCCCCAGUAAGGCUUCCGUCACUCCACCGUCAGGUGCCAGAGGGGUGGACAGCAGUACGCAGACAGAUAUAACUCUGGAGCACAUAAAGGCGACGGCCAGUUUAACCUCUUGUACAACACCUUCAUGCACGGCCGUGAUGGACAAAUACAGAUACCUGCGUACAGAAAGUGAGGUAGCUGGCUAUGGGUCACUAUACCCCAGUGGCUUCUUUGAGGACACACCAAAAGACCCUGCAAGAGAAGAUCUUGAGUAUGAGGAGGUGCAUCUGCAGAGAGUGACCGCUCAGGACAAGCUCGGCCUGACGUUAUGCUACAAGACUGACGAUGAAGAGGAGACUGGUAUUUAUGUGAGUGAGAUUGAUCCAAAGAGCAUUGCAGCGAAGGAUGGCAGGGUGAGAGAAGGUGACCGAAUUAUUCAGAUCAAUGGAGUAGAGAUACAGAACCAUGAGGAAGCCUUGGCUGUGCUGUCAAAGGGAAAUAUGAGGAAUGUACGCCUCCUACUGGCUCGACCUGAAGUCCAGGAUGAUGAGUGGUUGGAGGAAGACAGCCACGGUUUCCUUGAUGACUUACACAUAGGCGUGCUGGAGCAGCAGCACUGCCAGGCGAUGCAGUUCACUGCCAGCAUGCUUCACCAGAGAGGACAUGAAGAAGACGGAGGUACUACAGACACAGCUACCGUUCUCUCAAACCCCCACGAGAAAGAUAGUGGUGUGGGUCGUACCGACGAGAGCACCCGCAACGAUGAGAGCUCAGAGCAGGAGAACCUGGGAGAUGACCACACUUCCACCUCUGACACUCUUCCAAGAUCUGGCAAGAGGUGUAGCUACAGCCUGGACGUUCCAGGCAGCGAGUCAUUCCUCUCUGCUGAUGGCGGCGAGUUCUCGAGCAUACCUGAAAUUGAGUGCGAACGCUUCCGUGAGCUGCUUGAGCUAAAAUGUCUGGCGAACGAAAACAGUCCCUUGAUGAUUUUAGGAGAAAGUGCCAGGUCGUUUGGGAACAGGAUUAACUUGGACUGUGAAGAACAAGAGAUUCAGAUGCUCAAUGAGGAGCUGAGGAACAUUGAGCUGGAGUGCCUGAGCAUCAUACGGUCGCACAGGUUGCAGCAGGAGAUCCAAAGGCAGCAACCAAGUGGGGAUUCUAGAGACCAGGAGAGCUGCACCAUUAAAACCAGCGCAGUUGAAGGCCUGAAGCGGUACAGCAUCACUACGGAGGUACUCGAGCAAAUAGACAGCUCUAGCGCCUACAACACUGGAGAGAGCUGUCGCAGUUCGUCUCUCGCUCUUGAGCUGCCUUCAGACGUUGAUUUAUCCAAGUUUAUGCAGAAUGGUGGCGGAGGUGCCGUCAUACACCGACAGAGGCCUAUCACAGAAGCCUCUAAGCUUACGCUGUCCCCUAUUCAGGAGACGAGUCCAAAGAAGAGUCUCUCUACUCUAACAGAGCCUGAGGCAACCAAACAGGGGAAGGAAAAGGAGCAGGGAAAAGGACACUCAAAGAGUUCUCCUCCUCUUCCACCAUACAGACAGAUCGCCCAUAUCCCAGCGCAUGCCCAGCACUACCAGAGCUACAUGCAGCUAAUCCAGCAGAAGUCAGCUGUGGAGUACGGCCAGAGCGAAGUGAGUUUGGUCAGCCUGUGUCGGACCCCCCAGAGCACUUCCGCGGACUCCAAGCCCAAAAUGGAGUGGAAGGUGAAAAUCCGAAGCGACGGAACACGCUACAUCACCAAGCGGCCCGCCAGGGAGCAGCUCCUGAGGGAGAGGGCCCUUCGCGUCCGAGAGGAACGCCGUGGAAUGACCACAGACGACGACGCCGCAAGCGAGCUGAAGAUGGGACGCUACUGGAGCAAGGAGGAGCGCAAGCAGCAUGCCGUACGCGCCAAAGAGCAGCGCCAGCGCAGGGAGUUAAUAAAGCAGAGCCGCACGGUCAGCACGAACGAGCACGAAAGACGGGCAGAUGAUAUCAUUCAGCUCAGCCACAGGAAGAUGAUGAAGAAGAGGAACAAGAAGAUCUUGGACAGCUGGAUGACCAUUCAGGAGCUGUUGACCCACGGCGCAAAGUCACCAGAUGGAACGCGGCUGUACAAUCCCCUCCUCUCAGUAACCACAGUGUAAGGGUAUUUAC